GACAUUUUCAAUUUUCAAUUCCAAUUUUUCACUGCUAUGGCCAUGUUGGACGAUGCCAAUCCCCGUCGUAAAGAAGGAUUUGGCCUAACUGACGGUGAGAUGUUGGAGAGAUUGUGGGCUUACAUUCGCAAAUUUAGUAGAAUGACUAAAGAAAUGCGUCCAAGUCACAGAGUUGAUGUACUCAGUGAUGCUCUUUUACAUUAUGGAAAGAAAACGAAGAUUAAUUUAGGCAAUUUGCUGAUGGCAAGGAUGAAGCGAGCUGUUGACGUGGAAGAAACUGCAAAAUCAGAUAUUGAAAAGUUAUGCAGGUGCUUUCCGUCUCACAGGAUUUCAAUAGAUGAUAUUCGUGAGUGGAUGAAGGACGAAUCGACUUUUUUUGGUCGUGAAGUUGAGACUGAAGAAGAAGAUUGA